UUUUCCCAACAAAGAUGAAAAAGAAAAAAUAAAAACAAAACCAAAAAGGACUAAUAGUAGUGACAGAUUCUAUUUACACAGAGCAUCGACUUCUCGAGACGUAGAAACAGAUUUUAUUUUAGCCGGCGCCUGCAAAAAGGAUUCACAGUAAUUGUUCGUGUUCGAGAUGGGGGGCGGCGAAUCAAAUUACGAGAUUCAUCAAAACGCGUACAUCAAGUUAAUCCUACAUGCCCUUAAGCACAAGACUUCCUCCGUCAACGGUGUUCUUCUCGGCCGGAUCUCCGGCAACGAUGGCAACGUCGAAAUUGUGGAAUCAGUUCCCUUGUUCCACUCUCAUAUUGGUCUCCUUCCUCCACUCGAAAUCUCCCUUAUCAUGAUUGAGGAGUAUUAUGCUGAUAAAGGUUUGAGUAUUGUGGGUUACUUUCACGCAAAUGAAAGAUUUGAUGAUUUUGAGGUUGGGAAUGUGGCCAAGAAUAUUGCAGAUCACAUCUUCAAAUAUUUUCCUCAAGCUGCUUUGCUUCUGUUGGAUAACAAGAAGCUUGAAGCUUUACUAAAGGAGGGGAAAGACAGGAGUCCUGUAAUGCAGCUUUACACUAAGGAAGUAUCUAGGAGCUGGAAACUAGUGGGAACGGAUGCAAGCGGCCCUCUGAAAAUCAAGGAGCCAUCUGCUAAUAUUAUCCUUUUAGAUUAUAUCUCUUCAGGAAAAUGGAAGGAUAUCGUAGAUUUUGAUGACCACCUGGAUGACAUUAGCAAGGACUGGCUGAAUCCAGAGCUCUUCAAGUGAAGUUUCUGUGAAGCACGGAAACUAUCGUGUGGUUACCAUGUGAUAUUCGGUAUUUAUCCCUCCAGUGUAGUUGCUGAGUUUCUGACGAAAAGAAUCUAAUGGCUCUGAAUUUGCAGACUGGUAGGGAGCUUUGGAAUAUUAUAGAAGAUAGCAUCAUAUCCUCGCAAAAGUAUGCAUUUCUAAUAGAUCAAACAUAAUUCUUGAGCAAGACAACUUGAUUUUGUGUUGAAUGGAAGCCAAAGUGUUUAUUUGGAACCUUAAAUCUUUAACUCGCAUGGGUGUUUGUUUCUAGUAAUUUGAUGACAUGUUCUCUUAUUGCAUAAUAGACACUUCAUCUAA